AUGAAUGAAAAUACAGCAGUUAAGAUAUACAAUAACAUUACGUUAAGGUCAUUAUCGGCGUAUCAGCUCCUAUCAUAUCGUGAGAAUAUGUGUGAAUUGUUUCAGUUGUUGGAUGAUUCAGAGAAACAUGGAGCCAUAGUCAACGACAAGAGACAAGAAAGGACAUUGCAAUCUAUGAAAGAGCAAAUAGAGGCCCUAAAAAAAGAGAGCGAUUAA